CAACAUAUUUUUUUUUUGGAGGGGAUCAUUUGCAGUGAGUAUAAUUGUGUUUCUCGGCUUUUUUCGUCAAUAGUGAGGUUGAAACUUUUUAAAUUUUUGAUUUGGAUAGCAUAUUUCUAUCUUUUGGGACUAUUAUCCUUUCAUAGUAAGAAAUCUGCGAAUACUCAUCAUUGUCAGAUCGAUUCGGUGGUCGUAUAUCGGUGUGUGUGUAUGUGUGUUUAUUGGAAACAUCAUACAAUAUCCGUUAUUAUUGACAUUUCAUUCGAAUAGUUAUAUGUUUAUAGUUAAUUGAUUGAUUUAAAAAAUGGAUGAAAAUUCAAAUGGUUCUCAGGGUGCACCGCCUGUCUCAUCACAAUCUGGUGUACCGCAGCAACAACCACAACCUACACAACCAUCUCCUGGACCUUCUCCAUCAUCGAUUCCUGCUUCUUCGCAACAACAGAUAAUACCACAUCAUGUUAAUGCAGGAAUGAUGCCACCCCCACAACCUGGACAACAUCCCCAUCAAUCGUUACCCCCACCUCACAUGCAACAAAUUCCUCAUGGUAUGAAUCAUGGACCACAACAAUCGCACACACCUCCUCAACAGCCAUAUUCCAUGGCACCACCAACGCAUCAACCACAACAGCAUCAUCCUUAUGGCCCAUCACCUCAACAAACUUGGUUGCCACCCCCUCCUAACUCGGCUAUGGCGCCAUCUCCUCAGCAUCGUAACAUAAAUCAUCAUGGCGUAUUAGGUCCUCAACCUCCGAUUCAAGGAAAACCUAUGCCGCCAAUAGCUGGAUCGCCACAACAACCUGGUCCGCCUCAGCAACAACCUUCAUCAUCGCCAUCUCCGCAUGGAAAUUACUCCACACCACCACCUCAAGGUGGAACUGGAGGAUAUAGUUAUCCUGGGCAACAUAUCACCAAUGGAGAAUAUGUACAAUCACCCCAACAAGGUGGUGCUGGUAAUUAUCCUGCACCUAUCACUGGUUACGGUGGAAUACCGAAUCCUGAUGCAAAAUUUGCACCUCAUCAAUUACAUCAAUUACGUCAUCAAAUUAUGGCAUAUCGAUGCUUGGCACGUAAUCAGCCAAUACCUGAUCAUGUUAGUAUUGCUUUGCAACAUUCAGGAAAACGUUCCAUACAAUUCUCUCCUCAAUCACAAAUGCAUCAACAGCAGCAACAACAUGGUGGAUGGCCGCGUCAACCAGUUCCAUCCACACCCGAUUUAAUGCAUCAUCAACAGCAACAACAACAAAGACCACAAACUCCACAGCAACAAGGUCCACCUAAUCAAAUUGCACCAUCAUCAGGCAGUUAUAACAUGAAUGGCGGACCAAUGCCGAUUAAAUCAACGGGUAUGGUGCCGUCGCAAAUGAAUGGUCCACCUGGAUCAGCGAUUGUUCCUUCUGUCGGUUCUGGUUCAAUGAUGAAUGGUGGCACUGGAAUGAUAGCAGGUCCUGAACAGCAACAACAAGUUGUUCAUCAUGGUCAUCAUUCUGGAUCACAUCAAUUUCCACCGCAUUGGCGACCAGGGGCAACAACAAAUGGUCAACCGCCUCCCCAAGUCCAUCAGCCACCAGCUAUGAAUGAACGUGAUAUGAAUACUUAUCAUGCUAUGGCAUCACAGCUUCAACAGCCUAAGCUAACUCGUGUAACUCCAGUGGCCAAGCCAGCUGGUCUGGAUCCAAUUGAAUUGAAAAAAGAACGCGAAAGCUGUAUUGCUCAACGUAUUGCACAUCGUGUGCAAGAAUUGCAAAACUUACCCGGAAAUAUGUCGGAAGAUCUGCGUAUGAAAGCUAUGAUCGAAUAUCGAGCUUUGCGAUUGUUAAAUUUUCAAAAGCAAUUGCGUGCCGAUGUAAUUGCUUGUAUGCGUCGUGACACAACACUUGAAACUGGACAAAAUCCAAAGCUAUAUCGUAAGCCUAAACGUAUUGGCCUUCGAGAAGCCAGAAUCACUGAAAAAUUGGAAAAACAACAAAAACUUGAGCAAGAACGACGUCGCAAACAAAAGCAUCAAGAAUAUAUUAGUGCUAUUCUGCAACAUGCCAAAGAUUUCAAAGAAUAUCAUCGUAAUAUUCAGGCCAAGAUCGGUCGGGUCAAUAAAGCUGUGGCCGUUUAUCAUGCAAACACAGAACGUGAACAGAAAAAAGAACAAGAACGAAUUGAAAAAGAACGUAUGCGACGUUUAAUGGCUGAAGAUGAAGAAGGUUAUCGGAAACUGAUCGAUCAAAAGAAAGAUAAAAGAUUGGCAUUUUUAUUAUCUCAAACUGAUGAAUAUAUUCGUAAUCUCACUGAAAUGGUACGACAACAUAAGGAAGAGCAAAGAAGAAGAGGUAAAGAGCGACGCAAAGUUCGAAGAAAGAAGAAGAAGAAUGGUGUCGAAGGUGAAAAUAAUAAGGAAAAUAAAGAUGGAACGAAAAAUUUACCGGAUGGUGCUAUUGAUGAAAAUAGUCAAAGUGGGGAACUUCGUGUCAAUGUUAUCGAAACUGAAUCUGGCAAAUUACUGACCGGGCAAGAUGCACCAUUAGCUUCUGAAUUAGAUCAAUGGCUUCAAGAACAUUCCGGAUGGAGUGUUGCACCUAAAUGCGAAAGACAACCGGGCGAAAGUGCUGAUGGUGGCGGUGAUUCGGAAUCCGAAUAUGAAGAAGCCACCGAAUCUGAAACUGAUGAUGAUGAAAAAUCGAAUCAAGAUUCUCAGAAUAAAAAUAAUGGCGAUGGUGAAAAUAGUUCUACAGCAACAUCCAAUCCAACUCCUCAGAUUUCUCCUGAAGAUGAUGAAUACAAGGGUGGUGAUGAUCAAAUUAAUUAUUAUAAUAUUGCUCAUGGUAUUCGCGAACGUGUCACCGAACAAUCAUCAUUGUUACGUAAUGGUCAAUUGAAAGAAUAUCAGAUUCGUGGUCUCGAAUGGUUGGUCUCAUUAUAUAAUAAUAAUUUGAAUGGCAUACUUGCUGAUGAAAUGGGUCUGGGUAAAACCAUCCAAACAAUUGGAUUGAUCACAUAUCUUAUCGAAAAAAAACGUAACAAUGGUCCAUAUCUAAUUAUUGUGCCAUUAUCGACAAUGUCAAAUUGGAUGUUAGAAUUUGAUCGUUGGGCUCCUACAGUCAUCAAAAUCGCCUAUAAAGGUUCACCCGGAAAUCGUAGAGAUUUAUGUGUUAAUUUGAAAUCAAACAAAUUCAAUGUAUUAUUGACUACUUAUGAAUACAUCAUCAAAGACAAAGCGGUACUAGCUAAGAUAAAAUGGAAGUACAUGAUUAUUGAUGAAGGACAUCGUAUGAAGAAUCAUCAUUGUAAAUUGACACAAAUUUUGAAUACACAUUAUACCGCUCCUCAUCGAAUUCUGUUGACCGGAACACCAUUGCAAAACAAGCUGCCGGAAUUAUGGGCAUUAUUGAAUUUCCUUUUGCCUUCAAUCUUUAAGUCAUGUAAUACAUUUGAACAGUGGUUCAAUGCACCGUUCGCAACUACUGGUGAAAAAGUUGAAUUGAAUGAAGAAGAAACCAUUUUGAUUAUUCGUCGUCUUCAUAAAGUAUUACGUCCAUUUUUACUACGACGUUUGAAGAAAGAGGUAGAAUCACAAUUACCCGAUAAAGUUGAAUAUGUAGUCAAGUGUGAUAUGAGCGCACUUCAACGUUAUUUAUAUCGCCAUAUGCAAAGUAAAGGCGUCCUUUUGACCGAUGGAUCUGAAAAAGAUAAAAAAGGUCGCGGUGGAACCCGUACAUUGAUGAACAGCAUCAUGCAACUGAGAAAAAUUUGCAAUCAUCCAUUUAUGUUUCAACAAAUUGAAGAAUCUUAUGCCGAACAUUUGGGCUUAAAUGAUCGUAUUGUAUCUGGUCCUGAUCUUUAUCGUGCUGCUGGAAAAUUUGAACUUCUUGACCGUAUCCUACCUAAAUUCCGUGCUACUAAUCAUCGCGUUCUUCUUUUCUGUCAGAUGACUACUGCUAUGACAAUUUUGGAAGAUUAUUUUAAUUAUCGUUCUUAUCAAUAUUUAAGAUUGGAUGGUACAACCAAAGCUGAGGAUCGUGGUGCCCUGCUAAGUAAAUUUAAUGCACCUGGUUCUGAGUAUUUUGUUUUUCUUCUGUCCACUCGUGCUGGAGGUUUGGGUUUGAAUUUACAGGCCGCUGAUACUGUCAUUAUUUUCGAUUCAGAUUGGAAUCCACAUCAAGAUCUUCAAGCUCAAGAUCGUGCCCAUCGUAUUGGUCAAAAGAAUGAAGUACGUGUAUUGCGUUUGGUAACUGUAAAUUCAGUUGAAGAACGUAUUUUAGCUGCAGCUAAAUAUAAAUUAAAUCUUGAUGAAAAAGUCAUCCAAGCUGGCAUGUUUGAUCAAAAAUCUACUGGUUCAGAGAGAAAACAAUUUCUUCAGGCAAUUUUGCAACAAGAUGAUGGCGAUGAGGAAGAUGAUGAGAAUGAAGUUCCUGAUGAUGAGACUAUCAAUCAAAUGAUCGCUCGUACAGAAGAUGAAUUUGAAUUGUUUCAAAAGAUGGAUUUGGAUCGUCGCCGUGAAGAGGCCCGAAAUAUAAAGCGUAAACCGCGAUUAAUGGAAGAAUCUGAACUGCCAUCAUGGCUGUUGAAAGAUGAUUUUGAAGUUGAACGUUUGGCAAAUGAAGAAGAAGAAGAUAAACUAUUCGGUCGAGGCUCCCGACAACGAAAAGAAGUUGAUUAUUCUGAUUCACUCACUGAACGCCAAUGGUUAAAAGCCAUCGAAGAUGGUAACUAUGAUGAAAUCGAAUUCCAUACUGGCAUUAAAUCAAAACGACGCAAAUCAAAAAGUGGCAAACGACGUCGAAUCGAUGAUGACGAUGAUGAUGACGAUGAAGAAGAUGAUGAAAAACCUAAAAAGAAACGUGGUCGUCCAAGCCUUGAGAAAAAUCCUCCGAACCCGCCUAAUUUAAUGAACAAAAUGCGACGAAUUAUUCAUGAAAUUGUGAACUUUAAAGUUCCAGAUCCAGAAGCUUCUCCACACCCAGAAGAUGUGGAAGAUAGUGAAAACAAAGAUAAAAAUAAUGAAUCUGGUAUGGCCUAUCGUCAUAUUGCCGAUGCAUUUUUAGAACUUCCAUCCAGAAAAGAAUUGCCAGAUUAUUAUGAACUUAUUCGGCGACCAUUAGAUAUUAAAAAAAUUCGUUCGCGUAUCAAUAAUCAUAAAUACCGUUCGUUAGAAGAACUUCGCGAAGAUUUUAUUCAAAUGUGCCAGAAUGCACAAAUUUAUAACAUGGAACAAUCACAGAUAUAUGAAGAUUCGCUAAUGUUGCAGAAAAUAUACGAUGGAGUUGCCGAAAAAGUUGAAACCAAAGAAGCAGCGGCCGCAGCAGCAGCUGCCUCUGUUAGUGCUGGAGCAUCCGGUGCCAACACGACCGGUGGUGACACCGAUCAAGGUUAUGAUGACGACGAUAUGAUCGAUGAAUCCGAUGAAGAUGAAGAUGACGAUGAUUUGCCUAAGAAAAAGAAGAAAACAUCAUCCACUGGUCGUACACAGGGUAGGCCAGGAAGACAAGCCAAAACGAAUUCUAAACGUUACAUAUCCGAUGAUGAUUCGGAUGAUACUGACGAAUAAUGUGUUUUUAUUGUAAAUUGUUUAAAGAAUUUAUUCAUUAGAUAAAAAAAUGCCUCAUCUAUCUUUGAAU